CUAUUGUUAUAUCAGAAGAAACAUCGAAAUUAAAAGUUCAAAAAACGAUUGAAUACUGUGAACUUCCAAAAAAUUUUCAAAGGAUUAAAUUAAUUGAAUUGCAAGAUGUCAUUGGCUAUGCUAGUGUUACUACUUCAUUAUGUAAAAACUAUGAAUCUAUUCAUAAUAUAAGUGAAAUUCUUUAUAAGUUAGAUGGUUGUAGAACUUGUCAAGCUUCUAAAGAACAAUUAACAAAUAAUAAUUUGGAUCUUGCACAGCUAUUAAGAUAUUGUUAUAUUACAAAAGAGCAACUUAACGAAGUUUUGUCUGUUAGUACCGCAAGAGAACAUGAAAUAAUUAUGACCAA